AUGGCCACCAGCCUUAGCACAGAUAGCCCGCAGCAGCUGAGCCCGCUGUCUUCCCAGCAGACAACACUUUUGCUACUCCUCUCUGUCCUGGCCGCUGUGCACUUGGGACAGUGGCUGCUGAGACUGUGCUGUGGGAAGCCUUGGUCUUCGCCCCCGGGUCCUUUCCCAUGGCCAGUGAUCGGAAAUGCGGCAUCUGUGGGCCGGGCAUCACACCUCUACUUCGCUCGUCUUGCGAGGCGCUAUGGCGACAUUUUCCAGAUCCGUCUGGGCAGCUGUGCCGUGGUAGUGCUGAAUGGCGAGAGUGCCAUCCACGAAGCCCUGGUGCAGCAGGGAAACAUCUUCGCGGACCGGCCGCCCUUCGCCUCUUUCAGGGUGGUGUCUGGUGGCCAUAGCCUGGCGUUUGGUCACUACUCAGAGCGCUGGAAGGCGCAGCGACGUGCGGCCUACGGCACUAUGCGUGCCUUUUCCACGCGCCACCCGCGCAGCCGCCGCCUCCUUGAGAGCCACGCACUGUGCGAGGCGCGAGAGUUGGUGGCGGUGCUGGUGCGACGCUGCUCGAGCGGUGCAGUUCUGGAUCCGAUGCAGCCGAUCAUCGUGGCGAUAGCCAAUGUUAUGAGCGCCGUGUGCUUCGGCUGCAGGUACAACCACGACGAUGCCGAGUUCCUGGAGCUGCUCAGCCAUAACGAAGACUUCGGGCGCACGGUAGGUGCCGGCAGCCUGGUGGACGUGCUGCCCUGGCUGCAGCUCUUCCCUAACUCGGUGCGCACCACUUUCCGCGAGUUCGAGCAGGUCAACCGUAGCUUCACCAACUUUGUCCUGGACAAGUUCUUCAGGCACCGCGAAACCCUGGUGCCCGGGGCUGCUCCCCGCGACAUGAUGGACGCCUUCAUACUUUCCGCCAAAAAGAAGGAGGCCGGGGGCUAUGGCGAGGGUUCCUUCGGGCUGGACUUGGAGAAUGUGCCGGCUACUAUUACAGACAUCUUCGGAGCUAGCCAGGAUACCCUCUCCACCGCGCUGCUCUGGCUGCUCAUCCUAUUUACCAGAUACCCCAAUGUGCAGGCUCGGGUGCAGGCUGAGCUGGACCAGGUUGUGGGGAGGGACCGUCUACCCUGCAUGGCUGACCAGCCCAACUUGCCAUAUAUCAUGGCUUUUCUUUAUGAAUCAAUGAGGUUCUCCAGCUUUUUACCUGUUACCAUUCCUCAUGCCACCACUGCCAACACCUUUGUGCUAGGCUACUACAUUCCCAAGAACACGGUGGUUUUUGUUAACCAGUGGUCUGUGAAUCAUGACCCAGCGAAGUGGCCUAACCCAGAGGAUUUUGAUCCAGCCCGAUUCCUGGACAAAGACGGCUUCAUCAACAAGGAACUAGCCAGCAGUGUGAUGAUUUUUUCGGUGGGCAAACGGCGGUGCAUUGGCGAAGAGCUGUCUAAGAUGCUGCUGUUUCUUUUCUUCUCCAUCCUCGCUCAUCAGUGCGAUUUCAAGGCUAACCAAAAUGAGCCCUCAAACAUGAGUUUCAGUUACGGCCUGACCAUUAAGCCCAAGUCCUUUAAAAUCCACGUGUCUCUCAGAGAGUCCAUGGAGCUCCUUGACAGUGCUGUUCAGAAGCUGCAAACUGAAGAGGCUGGCCAGUGAGAAGCCAGAGGC